AUGAACUUUAAAGACUUGCAAUACAAUAUAGGUAAACUCACAACCAAUGUUAAGUCUCAAGUGGCUCGAAACAACCCACUUCAGAGUCAAGAUACACGCUCACUUAACUUGUGGUUGUUUGAAGAGUGCAAUGACCUUGCUUUUAUGAAAAAGACAGCUUAUCAUCAUGGGGAAACAAACAAGGCAUUCCUUGAAUGGAUACAUGAUGAUGUCUACAAGAACAGUGAUCUCAACUAUAGUGAAGACAUGCAAGAUAUUGGAGAAGCCCUUGCUUCAAUUUUGGAGAAACAAGUGCAGUUGGAACAGGAAUAU